CACCGGUUUCUCUUCCAAUGGGUUCCAGAGAUGCAGACCCAAGUCUAGGUUAUCUCACUCGCAAGGAAACGGAGGUAAAGCUUCCUAGACCUACGCGGGUGAAGAACAAAACCCCAGCUCCAAUCCAAAUCACCGCUGAGCAAAUCCUCCGGGAAGCUAGGGAACGUCAAGAGGCUGAAAUCAGACCACCGAAGCAGAAAAUCACUGAUCCAACAGAGCUUGCUGAUUACCGUCUUCGUAAGCGAAAGGAAUUCGAGGCGUUAAUUAGCCGUGUACGGUGGAACAAGAGUGUGUGGGUGAAAUAUGCUAAGUGGGAAGAAUCACAAAAGGAUUUCAAGCGUGCUCGUUCUAUAUGGGAACGUGCACUGGAAGUGGAUUACCGUGACCAUACCAUGUGGUUGAAGUAUGCUGAUGUGGAGAUGAAGAAUAAGUUUGUUAAUCAUGCUCGUAAUGUAUGGGAUCGAGCUGUUACUCUUUUGCCUAGGGUUGAUCAGUUGUGGUACAAGUAUAUUCAUAUGGAGGAGAUGUUAGGCAAUGUGGCUGGUGCUAGACAGAUUUUUGAGAGGUGGAUGGGUUGGACGCCUGAUCAGCAAGGGUGGUUGUCUUAUAUUAAGUUUGAGUUAAGGUAUAAUGAAAUAGAGAGAGCAAGAGCGAUUUUCGAGAGAUUUGUGCAGUGUCAUCCGAAAGUUAGUGCUUGGAUUAGGUUUGCGAAAUUUGAGAUGAAGAAUGGGGAGAUAGGAAGGGCGAGGAAUUGUUAUGAGAGGGCUGUGGAUAAGUUGGCAGAUGAUGAGGAAGCUGAGCAGUUGUUUGUGGCAUUUGCUGAGUUUGAGGAGAAGUGUAAGGAAACGGAGAGGGCAAGGUGUAUAUAUAAGUUUGCACUUGAUCACAUACCGAAAGGGCGAGCUGAAGAUUUGUACAGGAAGUUUGUGGCAUUUGAAAAGCAGUAUGGUGAUAGAGAAGGUAUUGAGGACGCUAUAGUUGGAAAAAGGAGGUUUCAGUAUGAGGAUGAAGUGAGGAAGAAUCCACGUAACUAUGACACGUGGUUUGAUUAUAUUCGGCUGGAAGAGAGCGUUGGAAAUAAAGAGAGGAUUAGAGAGGUUUAUGAGAGAGCCAUUGCUAAUGUUCCUCCUGCUGAAGAGAAGCGAUAUUGGCAGCGAUACAUUUACUUAUGGAUUAAUUAUGCAUUAUAUGAAGAGCUUGAUGCAGAAGACAUGGAAAGAACCAGAGAUGUCUACAGGGAGUGUCUCAAGCUGAUUCCACAUCAGAAGUUUUCAUUUGCAAAGAUUUGGUUGUUGGCUGCCCAGUUUGAGAUUCGGCAGUUAAGACUCAAGGAGGCGCGACUUUUACUUGGAGAAGCAAUUGGAAGGGCUCCUAAAGACAAGAUAUUUAAGAAGUACAUAGAGAUAGAGCUGCAUUUUGGAAACAUAGAUCGUUGCAGAAAGCUUUAUGAGAAGUACUUGGAAUGGUCUCCAGAAAAUUGCUAUGCUUGGAGCAAAUUCGCCGAGUUGGAGAGGUCCUUGUAUGAAACGGAUAGAGCCAGGGCUAUUUUUGAGCUUGCUAUUGACCAACCUGCUCUGGAUAUGCCGGAGCUAUUAUGGAAGGCUUACAUCGACUUUGAAAUCUCUGAGGGUGAAUUUGGAAGAACUAGAGCACUAUAUGAAAGACUUCUUAACCGCACAAAACACUUGAAGGUGUGGAUAAGUUAUGCGAAGUUUGAGGCUUCGGCUAUGGAUCCAGAGGCUGAGGAAGAUAUUGAACUGAAAAAGAACUGCCUACAACGCGCCAGAGAUGUUUUUGAGAGGGCAGUUUCUUACUUCAGAAAUUCGGCACCCGAACUAAAGGAAGAAAGAGCAAUGCUUCUCGAAGAGUGGCUAAAUAUGGAAAGUGGUUUUGCCGAGCUUGGGGAUGUCAGUUUAGUCCGUGCUAAACUACCAAAGAAACUCAAGAAGAGAAGGCAAAUAGACAUGGAGGAUGGUCCAGCAGCUUAUGAGGAGUACAUAGACUAUCUUUUCCCAGAGGAAACACAGACCACAAAUCUCAAAAUAUUGGAAGCUGCUUACAAAUGGAAGAAGCAGCGAGUUGCAUCUGAGGAGGAUUAGCCAAGCUUUGUUAGCUUCCAUUUGAUUUUGGUAUUCUUGUUUUCCCCUUUCUGCCUUGGUAUUAAAUGUUGAAAGAAUGCUUGUAAUUGACAUUAUAUCUCUUAUCUCAACAAGUCUUAAUCUGGCAUUGUUGUGCACUCAAAAAGGGGCCUAGUAGAAUGUUGUGUAGUGACACGGAAUAAUCCAAUUUUCUUUUUUUUGAUGUUACGCUCUCAUGGCAACGAUAGAUUGUAAAUCAUGUUAGUGUACUUCAACCAGUUUGAACAUAGUUCAUCUCCCUUAUCACCUUUUCAAUAGAAGAAGGAAGUGAUUCAUUUGCUUGAGUUU